AUGGAUUUUCCUCCGCAGUGUCUAGCAGGGAUAAAGGAAUGUCAAGCUGAAAUCACGAACAAAGUACCCCUGAUUUUAGAAGGUGUGCAUACUGCGUUGACUGCGUGGUUGGCCAACUAUGCCAGUAUCGUAAAAGGGUUGGCUGAAUGCGAAAUCACGGAUGAUAUCGUGGUAGCGGAUGUGCGUUUGACGGCUGAAUCUUUACAUUCUUCGGUGCAAUUUUUGCUUAGUCGUCUGGGCUUUGAAGAUCCUUUGUCGGAAGUUGUGAAAGACGCGCGAGAAUUGGUAUUCAUGUACCAAGAGUUUCUGAGCGUGUAUAACAAGGUGAAGAAUAACCUAAAGUCGGAGAUUCAUCCGGAAGCUUUUGUUCGAGAUGACAGCAAGGGACGAGUCCCAGGGGCGCAGCCCCGACUGGAUAAUUUUGAGGAAGACGACGAGAACAACGAUUCUGGUUUAUAUAAAGCACCCCGUCAUUUUGCGACCCAACUGGGAGUGGACGAAGACAUAGAGUUGGAAAAGCAACAAAAGGAUCGAGAGCGUCUAAAACGAUCGGAGUUUGUUAAAGCGCUUACGGAGCAGUACACAAGCAUGCCACGCAUUAUUGAUGAUGGCACAGAUGACCUAGAUAACAGAACACGGAAGGCCUUGGCCAACUACCAAACGAAAGAGACAUAUGCUCUAGACAAUUAUAGCAUGCUCGACCGGAAAGAUCAGAAAGAAUAUAAUGAGCUUAAAAAGAAACAAUCCCUUGCCAGUAAAGGUAGCUAUCUUCAUGACGUUGUUAAUUUCGUCAACGACAAACCCCCAACCCACCCCGACCGGAAUAAGACUCGCGCUAAAAAAUCGAAAGGCAAAAGAUCCGUUAAGAAAUCACCCGGCAAGAAACAUAAACGCUCAUAA